AUGACUCGCAGCACCUAUUCAUCCUCCCACCAAGCCCCGGACAUCCUCCUCUCCCCCCUCUCCACAAAACCCCGCUACCGCGCCUACAUCACCGCCCGCCACGCCUUUUGGAAAUGUUUCCCCUCCGGCCGAUACAUGCGCAUCCCCACGGGCGGCACCUUAACCCUCGAGUGCGGGCUGCAUGCCCUGCGCCUCUCCAUCCAACACCAGCUCCCCCACAUCCUCCCGGUGCCCACGGUCGAGGAGCUGAGGAGCGUGUACGAGAGUAGUGAGACGAUCCGGAUUGGGAAUGAACUCACGGGGAUGGGGAAUGAAAACUGGUUUACAGUGGAUCAGUUGGGGGUGGUGUUUACUGAGUGGGGGAGGCAGGCUGUAAAAGAGAGAAGAGUGAGGUGUCAGUUGGGAUAUGUGGCGGAGGGGGAGUGGCCUGUCUUACUUGGGACGCCGGAGGUUGGGGUUGGUGAAGAGGAAGGGGAGAGUAAUGAAGAGAAAGGAGAGAUCGUGAGAGUGUGGGUGUGGAAUGAUGGGCUGUCGUUGGCUGGGGGGGUUGGGCACUUCGAGGGGAUGAGGAGGCCUAUUGAGGAGGAAUUGAGGAGGUAG